GUCACAUGACCGGAAGUUCCUCGCGCUACACUGUAGUGAGUGUUUAUAACGGCUUUAUAAAGAACUGAAGCUUUAUAUGAGCAGAUCCAGGUGUUUCCUGUCAGGAUGAAGCAGGAACAUCAGGAUCUGAUCCUACAGGCCACAUCAGCCCAGCGUCUGCGUACGGGCUGUAAGAUCCAGACUCUGUGGAGCGGUUAUGGUCAGAUCGUACGUGUGCACCUGCAGGGCUGCGAGCGCUCCUCAGUCGUUGUCAAACACGUCAUGUUUCCUAAAGGGUCCAGAGACUCGGACAUUUCUCACUGCCGCAAGGUCCAGUCCUAUCAGGUGGAGAUGCAAUGGUACAAAAACUACAGCACGAACGAGCGCUGCCGUAUCCCAGCAUGCCUUGCGGCACAGUCCUUUGGUGAGGAGCAGCUGAUGGUGCUGGAGGAUCUGGAUGCGGCCGGUUUCCCAGACAGGAGGACGAGUGUGAGGGACGGCGAGAUUAAAGCAUGUCUGCUCUGGCUUGCUAACUUCCACGGCCUUUUCCUUGGAGUCCCUGCGCAUGGCCUGUGGCCCGUGGGGACGUACUGGCACUUAGAGACACGUCCUGAUGAGCUGGAGGCCAUGACGGACCUGAAGCUGAAAGCAGCCGCUCCGGAGAUCGACGCCGUCCUGAACAACUGCCGCUUUAAGACCAUCUUACAUGGAGAUGCCAAACUGGCCAACUUCUGCUUCUCCAGAGACGGCUCCCGCGUGGCCGCUGUGGACUUCCAGUACGUGGGCGGCGGCUGCGGCAUGAAGGACGUCAUCUACUUCCUUGGGAGUUGCCUGGAUGAGCAUGAGUGCGAAAAAAGAGCUCCUGAUUAUUUGGACUUUUAUUUUUCCCAGCUGAGAGGGGCAGUGAAAGAUACGGAGAACUUCUGCCAGCUGGAGGGUGAGUGGAGACGAAUGUUCGCCUUUGCAUGGACUGAUUUUCACCGUUUCCUUCUCGGCUGGAUGCCUGGACAUCACAAGGUUAACCGCUACAGCAAGCGUCUCACACAGGAAGUGCUGAAGAAACUAACAGAGAGCUCAGAUGGAGCGAAGCGCUGACUCACAUCAGGCUCACAUCUGACCAGCAUGACCAUCAUGAUGUGGGUGGGCAUGACCAUCAUGAUGUGGGUGGGCAUGACCAUCAUGAUGUGGGUGGGCAUGACCAUCAUGAUGUGGGUGGGCGUGACCAUCAUGAUGUGGGUGGGCGUGACCCACAAGAUGUGGGUGGGCGUGAACAACAUGAUGUGGGUGGGCGUGAACAACAUGAUGUGGGUGGGCGUGAACAACAUGAUGUGGGUGGGUGUGAACAACAUGAUGUGAGUGGGCGUGACCACCAUGAUGUGGGCUGCUUUGAGACAAUGUCCAUUGUAAAAAGUGCUAUACAAAUAAACUUGAAUUUAAUCGGGUGGGCGUGACCAACAUGAUGUGGGUGGGCGUAACCAUAAUGGUGUGAGUGGGCGUGACCAACAUGAUGUCUUUAACACAUCCAUCCUCUCAUGUCUCUGAGAUGCUAUAAAGCUCUGCGAGCUCAAUGUAUCAGCUGAUCUCAUGACAAAGCUUCAUUUCUCCCACAGAUUCGUCAGUAAUAAAUAUUUAUUAUUUUAAUAA